AUGGUCCCAUCUAAUUCGAUGAAAGGGAUCACGGCGGUUUUGGUGGUGCUUCUGCUCGCCGACGCUGCCAACGCGCAGACGCUGGCCAAAGCAAGCGAUGGCACUGGUUUCCACGUCUUCUUUCGAACUGGUUGGACAACUCCCUACAUCCACUACAACACGGGCUCUUUCUGGACGACUUCACCGGGUGUUGCAAUGACCAAGAGUAACGACUCGACCAACUUCCCUGCUGCUCUGGGUUGGUUCCGCUUCGACUUCCCAGCGUCGACGAGCUCACUCGAGCUCGUGUUCAACAACGGAAAUGGUGCCUGGGACAACAAUGGCAACGCCAAUUACAAGAUCAACGUUGCUGGAACAUGGCAAGUGACGAGCUUCGUGAGCACUCCGCCAUCGGCAACGGUUUUAACUGCAGCGAGUGAUGAUACCGGGUUGCAUGUCUUCUUCCAAACUGGUUGGACCACUCCUUACAUCCACUACUCCGCCGGAUCAACGUGGACUACGUCACCUGGAAAGCUCAUGUCUGCUAGUACCAGCUCAGCCUACCCCGCAUCGGUUGGCUGGUUCCAGUACGACUUGGCAGCCCCGCAAGCGUCUCUCCAGUUCGUUUUCAACAACGGAAAUGGUGUUUGGGACAACAACAACAAUGCGAACUACAAAGCUACCAGUGCUGGAAGGUGGAUUGUCAUGAGCACUGUGAGUGUGCCGGCAGCGACGAAGACAUCCACUCCAGCACCUACAACCGCGCCAAGUCCGAGUUCACCUCCUGUCAGUCCUACACCGUCUGGAAGCUGCUACAAUUACAACGGUCUUGAUUCUUGUUCCAGCUCCACGCAGACCGAACUUUCGGCUGCGGAUGAUCAAAGGAAGUGGCAAACCCCACCUCGUAAUGCUAGCGGAUGGUCUACUGAGUACCAAGACUACAGGUCGCUGACCGGCUACGCCCAUGUCGUGUACGGAUCUUCUCGCACAUCUGCUACCGUGACUGUGCGAACAUACCUGCGUGUUGCUUCAGCCACCUGCUCGUACACUUUUAACGGUGUCAAAUCGACUUCCCCGACCUAUGAAGUCACGAAUUCGCUGAAAGACGACCUCGACAUUGUAGCCACAUGCACUGAUGGGAACGACUCGUGGAAACUGGAGCUUGAUCCCGUCAAUUUCGUCUGGCAGAAUAACGCGGUUAACCAACCAAGUGGCAUGAAAGGAGGUCAGAAAGGUGCCAUCGUCGACUUGUUCGGAUGGCCGUACGAUGACAUUGCUCAGGAGUGUACAGACUUCUUGGGUAAAGCGGGUUACAUGGGAGUGAAGAUCAAUCCACCACAGGAGUCCGUGCUGACGGAUGCGUGGCCUCAAAGUGGUCAGAGGAACCCCUGGUACUUCGUUUAUCAGCCUGUGAGUUACCGACUGUACUCACGUCUUGGAACGAGGAAGCAGCUCAGGAACAUGAUCCAAACCUGUCGCGCCAACGGAUUGCGCGUAUAUGCUGAUGCAGUGGUCAAUCACAUGUCUGGUGGAGGAAACGAUGUGCUCUCGCACCGCUACAACAGUGAUGGAUCUUGCGUCACGUGGGGUGCCAAGUCCAGUGCCAAGGAAUCUCCUUACUACACACACAGCUUCACAUACGGCGUAAAUGCUUACACAAAUGUUCGCCCAGCGCUCGAGUUCCCGGCUGUUCCUUACGGACCGACAGAUUUUCACUGUGAACGCACUAUGAGCUCGUGGACAGACCCGCUUCAACUUGAAACAGGAUGGCUUACAGGCUUGACUGACUUGAACACCGAGAAAACCUAUGUUCGUGAGCGUAUCGCUCAAUAUUUCGUCGAUCUCCUCGGCAUCGGCUUCAGCGGACUUCGACUGGACGCGCUGAAGCACAUUGGACCUGUCGAUACAGGUGCAAUUUUCGGACUUCUGAGUAAAUACAUGGGCGGCAGUCUCCCGGACGACUUCAUUUCAUGGGGUGAAGUGAUCUUGGGUGGCGAGGCCAGUCUUCUGGCAUGCAACGCCAACUCGGGUUACAAUUUCUACAAGGGUUUGGAUGCAGAGUACGCUGCUAAUGGAAUCUCCGCCACUGACAUUGCCAAGCUGAAGAUCUGGUCGUCAGAUUACCCGAAGGAAUUCCCGAUUUGUGGUUCUUGGAUUCUACCGGCCUCUCGGUUUGUGAUUCAGAAUGAUGACCACGAUCAGCAGAAUGAAGGUUCUUCGUCUCGUGAUAUGGGCGAUGCUGGAUCUGUGCUCAUUAAGGAUAAGGACGUCGCUAAGCAUCGCUCUUUCGAGGUCAAGCUAUUUACUCGCGCCGAUGCGGACUGGCAGAUCAAGGUGAUAUUAAGUUCGUACACGUGGUUCUCUAACGGUGCCGGAGGCUUCCCCGAUGGUAACUCGGACUGCAGCGGGUUUGACUCAUCACAAGGUCAAACGUGCACGGCCAGCGUGCCAUACGAGAAGGCUUUCCGUGCUGGAUCGUGUGGGUACACUGUCGAGGGCUUCGCUGGAGGCAGGUACACUCGCGUGCACCGCGAUCUAUCAAUUGUGAACGCAAUGCGUAGCUGGGUUGGUCUCUCCUCUGUGGCGCCGUCGGACAUCGGAAUCACCGGAAGUUGCUAAAGCUCAUUGACGGUUCGCCCAUUGGAUUGUUUCGAAUUUGGUUUGAGUAUUAGUUGAAGUUUCAUAGUCGGCAUGUCCUGAAGAAUGCAGUAUACAUGCCAGAAAAACAUACCAGCGUCGUUGCUAGUUUUUUUU